CUGUCACCGCUGUCGCGCUCAAGAGCUCUGGGCCGAUUCGCCUGCCAACGUCUCUGAAGCGAGAGGGAUCUGAGUUCGGACACCCGCCCCGCCAUGGCCUCGCCCACAAUGUCCGCGCCAGGCCUCUAGGCUCUCCACACGCCUCAUCCUCGCUCGAUAUCCUCGCACCAAAAGCUGGAUAAUCGCCUGCGCCGACGCAGCGUGCUCGCCAGCUAGAGACUACAGACGCUUCACGACGACCUGUGCGCGCGUCGACGUCCUCCUGCUCGUGCAUGCGCCCGCGUGAAGCGAUGUGCGGCGUUCCGCGAUGAGGACCCGAUCAUCGUCCAGAGGGAGCACGGAUGAGAAACACGGCCGCCUGGUGGAUUCAUGGCGCCCACAAUCGAGGCAAUGCCGGAACGCGAAGCCAUGCUUAUCCGUAUACAACACAAGCGCGUUGAAGAACGUCCGCAUCCCGGAACCCGUCGCGAUACCCUUUCCGCUCGCUGACGAAAGUAUUCAUACUCGUCGGAGGCCCGUGCUUCAUCAUGUCGAGCUCUUGGAAGAUUGCGUGGGGCGAAUCGUGCUUCGAGAUGCUUUUCAUCAGUGUGGAGGGAUCGUACCCCUCUCGUAAUCAACCAGGUUCAGUUAGCAUCCCGAUGGGGAUGGCGGCUCUCAAAUAUCGAAUGGUUGACAGUUAGCGACGGCGAUGCGUGGAAAUCGUGCGCAGUAAAUCUCGACUACGUGGCGAGCUGGAACACGCCGGCGAACGUACGCUUCGCCUGCCCUGUCGAACCUCGCACAUCCCCUCGUUUAAUCAGGCUCUUCCGGACCCAACAUGGGCCCCCAUGUGCUCUCCUGCACGUCCUGACCGUAACUCGAGGACGUGCCGGGCCAAAGCCUCUUCCCUCUUCCUCAAUCGCAGAUCCAUCCGCUCCCGCGUUUCGAAUGCAAUUGACGCCGGUGUCGACCACCAACUCCAACUGGCUGCCAUCAUUCGAA